GAUGAAGCGCUGGCGCGCACAACGUUGGUGACAGGUGCGCGUUAUGACGAGAAGCCUGGCAACCUCGAGCGUCAGAGAGACAAAACUAAUGAACAAUGUGACCAUACCCACAGUGAGUCAGGAUUUCAAGAGAAAUGAAACUCUUUUUAUUUUUUUUACACUAUGUUUGCGUUCUCUUCAGUCAGUGAAGUACCCACAUCAGUUCUGUAUUUUACGCUCUAGGCUAGUUACCGCACACAACUUGGUUAGCUGUAGAUCAGACACAAUGUCGAGUAAAAUGACAGCCUCUAUCUCAUUGGAACAGGACCUCUUCAACUGUCCCACCUGUGUAGACCUGCUGAAAGAUCCGGUGACUAUGCCUUGUGGACACAGUCACUGUAUGGGUUGUAUCCAGGGCUUAUGGGAGCAGGAGGACCAGAUGGGAGGUCAGAUCUGCCCCCAGUGCAAAGAAAGUCUUACACAACCGUGGCCCACUCUGAACCGAAAUACUAUUAUGGCGGAAAUGUUGGCGAAACUGAAGAAGACAGAACUCCAAGAUGCUCCUCUUACGGAAGAUGUGGUUGCAUGUGACUUCUGCACUAGAGGAGCGAACCAAGCUGUCAAGUCCUGCCUGGUGUGUCUGGCCUCGUACUGUGAGACUCACCUAAAGCCCCACUAUGAAAACCCUUCCUUUGGAAGGCACAAACUGUUGGAUGCCACCCGACGAUUACAGGAACGGGUUUGCUCAACUCAUCACAAACUGCUGGAGGUUUACUGCAGAACCGACAAACUGUGUGUGUGUGUGAGUUGUGCACUGUACGAUCACAAAGGCCAUGUCACCGUCCCUGCAUCAGAUGAAAGAAUGGAGAAGCAGAAAGAGACCGAAGCCACAAGAGGAUCAUGUCGACAGAAAGUCAAGGAAAAGGAAGAGGAGGUGGAGCACCUGAGGGGAGCUUUGAUGUCGUUUAAGCGCUCUGCAAGGGAAGCUGUUCUGGACAGCACCAGGACCCUCUCAGAGCUGAAAGCAUACCUGGAGCGGAGGGGCAACGAGGUGAAGGAGCUGAUCAGGGCUCAGGAGAAGGUGGAGGUGAACCGGGCGGAGGCCCAACUGCAGCGUCUGGAGCAGGAUAUUAUUGCGCUGAAGAAGAGAGACUCUGAGCUGAAGAAACUCACACUGACCCAAGAUGACGCAUACUUCCUUCAGCAUUACCAAGACCCCAGUAGCUCUCCUGUAUCUGAAGACCUGCCGAGCGUCAACAUUGACCCGCUGUGUGAUUUUGGGACAGUGAAGAGAGCUUAUACUCAUUUCAAGGAGCAGUUGGAAUGCUUCUGUGAUGGAGGAAUGAAGAGGAUAUUGAACACAGUAAAAGCCAUCCAUAUGCUUCAGUCACCAAAGCCCAGCCAAUCUCCAAAGACAAUUGGUCAAGCCAAUGGGAGCCCCCCAGCCUUCAAGCCCGCCCUGGUAAUGGGGGAACCUGCAGUAACCUGCGACACUCCCCUUUCCCUCUGUACAAAGUCCUCUAUCUUGAAGUGCUCUUCCAUGAGCAAACCUCCAACUGGCACAGCGAUCCUAUUCACCAAAAAAGGGCCAUCAAAUGUCACUAAACCUGCUGCUAGAGUAGAGGCCAUCCUCACCAAACCCUUGUCCACCACAGACAACCUUCUCUUGACCAAAUCGGCAUCUAAUAUGAACAUCAAUCCCCUGCUUACUAAAUCCUUAUCUAACACUGAAGGGUUCACCAAACCUGCAUCUGGAGCUGGUAUAGCAGUCCUUAACACUGAACCUGCUCCUACAACAAGUAGCAGCAUUUUCAAUUGUCCUGUCGGUGUUUGUGGUAAGCCUGCAGUUGACGUGGAUGAUUUUUGUAAGGCAGCAUUAAACACUGACAGCGGUCCUUUCACCAAACUUGUAUCUGACAACAAUAGUAGGGAAAAGCCUAGCACAGGUUUCUCCUUUGGCAAGCCUAAAUGUAACGCAGGCUCAUCCCUCUUUGGCAAGCCUGACUCCAACACAGGAUUUUCAUUUGGCAAGCCGGAAUCUAACACAGGUUCACCCCUCUUUAGCAAGCCUGCAUCGAACACAGGUUCACCCCUCUUUGGCAAGCCUGAAUCUAACACAGGUUCACCCCUCUUUAGCAAGCCUGCAUCUAACACAGGUUCACCCCUCUUUGGCAAGCCUGCAUCUAACACAGGUUCACCCCUCUUUAGCAAGCCUGCAUCUAACACAGGUUCACCCCUCUUUGGCAAGCCUGCAUCUAACACAGGUUCACCCCUCUUUGGCAAGCCUGAAUCUAACACAGGUUCACCCCUCUUUGGCAAGCCUGCAUCUAACACAGGUUCACCCCUCUUUGGCAAGCCUGCAUCUAACACAGGUUCACCCCUCUUUAGCAAGCCUGCAUCUAACACAGGUUCACCCCUCUUUGGCAAGCCUGAACUCCAACACAGAUUUUCAUUUGGCAAGCCGCAUCUAAACACAGUUCACCUCUUUGGCAAGCCUGAAUCUAAACACAGGCUUCACCCUCUUGGCAGCCUGAAUCUAGCACAGCGUUCACCCCUCUUUGGCAAGGCCUGA